CGGAAGUGCUUGGGGGGCGGCGCCAUGCUGUUCUCGCUGCGGGAGCUGGUGCAGUGGCUCGGCUUCGCGCCCUUCGAGCUGCUGCUGCACGGGCUGGCGCUGCUGGCCGCCUCCGUGCUGCUUGUGCUGAAGGUGGACGGCGCGGGCGCGGCGCUGUCGUGGUGGGCGGUCUUCGUGCCAUUCUUCGCGGCUGACGGGCUGAGCACCUACUUCACGGCCAUUGUGUCGGUGCGCCUGUUCCAGGACGGCGAGAAGCGCCUGGCCGUGCUGCGCCUCUUCUGGAUCCUCACUCUGCUCAGCCUCAAAUUCGUCUUCGAGAUGCUGCUGUGCCAGAAGCUGGUGGAGCAGACGCGUGAGCUCUGGUAUGGCCUCAUCAUGUCGCCUGUCUUCAUCCUGCUGCAGCUGCUCAUGAUUCGUGCCUGCCGCGUCAACUGACCCUGCUGGUUGGGGCCUGGCGCUGCUGCCCUGGCCCAGGCGCUGACCUGAUGCUCUAAGCCGAGACGUUUCGGGUUCCCUCCAGUCGCCACCCAGUGGCCUUGUGGCUCCAGGCCAAGAUGUUUUGGGUACCAUCCAGUUGCCGCCCAUCAGCUUCAUGGCUCCGGGCUGAGACAUUUUGGGUUCCCUCCAGUCACCAUGCAUUGGCAUCGUAGCUCCAGGCUGAGAAACUUUCAGUUGCCUCAAGCGGUUGCCCAUUGGCAUCAUGCCCCCAGGAGGUCUCAUGGCAGCCCCACAGCGUGUCUGAAUUUUGGGGGUAGCGCAUGAAUGUCAGGAAGGGCCGAUGCUGGUAGCUUGUGUUGGGUGUUUUGUAAUAUAAAGAUGCACAUGUGCCGCAUCA